AUGGCUGACAGCACUGAAAUCCCCUUACUUUUAUAUGAGACUUCCACUUUUGGAGAUGAGCCUUCAUCCAGUGACCAACAGUUUGGAAUUUUGUACCCCUAUGGUGACAGCAACCAGAUUGUUACAUGGAAUAAAAGAGCCCUUUACAUUCUCGAUCCUGAGAAGAAUGUUGUGAUUGGGAAGCAGGAACGAAUGGGACACAUUGUGGAUGUGGCUGUUGAUUCUAAAGAAAUCUUUGUCUUGACUCGUAGUCCAUCCCGGACAGUCAUUCGUAUCUCGCCCCAGCCAGAAUCUCAGAAUGCAGGUUUUCCUUGUAUUAUUUCAGGUGUCUCCUCUGUAAAUAUCAAUGCCGCCAAUUCAGCAGGCAACGAAGAUGAAUAUCGUAACAGGUCUAACUCCCCAAUUCGUUUUCUCCCAGCCAAUAUAUUCGGAAUCAUUCGACCAAAGGAAUCUAAGUACCCACCACUGGUCAUCCCUGGUAUUCCACGAAUGUCUUCGGAGCCCAAGAUUUCUGAAUCUUAUUCCUCUCGAGAUGGAUCAAAUAGAAUUGGACGUUCUUCAUCUUCCUCGUCAUCUAAUGAAGAUGUGAGCUGCUCCCUCUCAAACAGUUUCGGUUCUGUUCCAAUAAACCUGCCAGCAUCAUCACUACCCAAAUCAGACUCAAAGAACUUCUUGCCGCCACUGAUCACUUUGCCAUCUGAUGAUGUCAUCCAGUUGGAAUUGUACACACACCCUCUGGAGACAGAGGCAAAACGCCAUUCACACAUGUUGGAGGAUGAAAUAUGCAGGGGUGUGGCUGCAACUGAGGAUCUUAUUGGACCUGAGGCAUUGUCAUCAUCAGAAGCUGUCUCUGAUCUUACUUCCUGCCUAAAAAGCAAUACCUACAAGAGUACAGAUUCUGCUGGGAUGACAAAGUCAGCAAUGGGGUCAACAAAAGAGAUGUCCAGCAAUAUUAAUAAUCGCAAGCCUGUUGUGCAUCGGCGAAGCUACAUUGACAAAGUGAAUGUCAUCGACAACACUGAUGACAUUGUCUUUAAGAGCCGUACCAAAAAGAAGAAGCACAAAGCAGUUUCCAAAUCAAAGGAACCUAUCAGUGGGAGCGAAGUACCAGUCCAGCCUUCAGAAUCUUAUUCUGUGGACAGUCCAGAAGUAACAAGUUCCCCUGGCAGUUCUAAGAGUGAUAGCGAUAGUAUCUCCAGUAAUUCUCCGCUUCGACCCACUUCCAAAACCCCACUCAGUAGUUCCAAAUCAACACCAACACUCCAAUGUUCUAAGCCAGAGAAAAUUGACCGACCAAGCUCCAUAGUGAACCAUAUAAAAGUCGAAGAUACCUCUGAUGUUACUGAUGAUCAUGAUGUGACUAACGCAGUUGAUGGGAUUUCAAAUAACGUUGAUGAAUUGCCUGGGAUGUCCGAGAGUCCCCCUCUGGAGCGAAAGCAAGGCGAAGGUGCUGAUUCUCCAGAACCAGCAAGAACUUCUACUGUUGAGUCUGUAGCAGAUGAUACAAAACUUGAGUCGCCACCAGAGUUUGAUCCUGGGACAUUACUGGCCAAUAACGGACUGGAUCUUUCCAGAAAUUUGUACAGAGAUGAUGUCUGGAAAGUUACAGACACUAUAUACAAACGAAAGUCCAGUGCUCCGAGUACAUCUUCAGUGUUCCCACCAAAAGAAUUGCAACCAGCCCCGGUGACUAAAUCUGAGAGUGACCCAUCUUCAUUAAAUGAACCCAAGGAAGCCUCAACCAAUGAUAAUCUUUUGUUCCCACCCGCUGACUUGAUGAUCCUUUCUUUCGCUCUCCCUCACCCCUGUGAUCCUUUCUUUCACUGUUUACUCCUUCUCCUCCAUCAUAUACCCUUGCUCUCUCUCUCCCUUCACCAAAAUUCACUUUCUCUUCCUCCCUCUCUCUCCUAUUUUGUCUCUCACCCUCCUUUUACCUAA